AUGCUCAAUAUGAAGACUGACUUCGGUUGCUGGUACGGAAAGUCUUAUUUAUUUUUUAAGUUGUGUUGGAAGUAAAAGCUGAAUUAUUAUUUGGGUUUUCGUUUCCUCUGACCAGAGACGUCUUCCAUUCCCACCUUUACAACAAUGUAUUAUUUAUAUUUCCGGCUUUUAGCAAGAAUGUUAAUCCGCAUCACCCUUUCCCUCGUGGAGUACUCAGUUGUUCCGACGUGUAAUGGGAAAAGUAUCGCGAAAUCGCUAGCUUUUGAGCCUAUUGUUGGUUUUGCAGCAAUUUGCAUCUUUGUAAAAUAUAAGCCAGACAGCAAGUUGCUUGGUGGGGGUCUAUAAAGCGGUGGUUAACGGCAGGUUAUCUUGCAGACAGUCUGCCCGUCUCCCCUGAUAACAUUUUGCUGCUAAGUUGCAGGCUAACGUAACUUCAAGGUUGCUACGGUUGCGGAUCUGUGCGAUCUCAAGUUUGCACUUGCACGCGCGCGCGCACCUCUUUACGUCACGGAUCGCGUGGGCCGUUAAAUUUCUGAGUUCGGAAACUUUAGAAAUACGCCUGAAGUUGGGACUGUCUGCUUGCCUGCGCGAAGUACACUUGCACGUGUAGGCGCGCAUGAAUCGACGCAGCUUAUCUUCUAGACGGGGGCUGCUGUUUGGGUCAGUCAGAGUUCUCACCACCAACUAACUGUGCAUUGUUCCUUUAGCUACUAAAAGUGGCUCCGGCUACGUUAUCAGGGUCAAUUCAGUGCGAUUAAAAGGAGUGGUGACGCUUAUAUCCCUUGAAAUGUUGAAGGACGAAAUUGAUAAACGAUAAUGUGGAAAACUAUCUUAAACUGAUAAUCUGUAGAAAAGCCGACGGAAAACUGUUGAAGCGAAAUGAGUAAAAACAAUCCUAAGUGCAUCAACCACGAAAAUGUUGCAACUUGUACGCGGCUGUUGCUUACAUAAAAGUGACAGAAGGCUAAACUGUACUGCUGUCCUGACAGCGAGCCUCGAAGGAAUAUGCUUAAACAUGGCCUCUCCUCUUGGCUUUCACCUAAAAUAAUGCAUGCAAUCAUAAAUGUCUGGUUCUCUCUUUUUGGAAGCUCAUGUUUUGCCCAAUUUGUUUUCGAGCCUUGGCAACAGCCUCCAAGCAUUAUUUCCAUGGCACCAGACCGCUAGGCGAAUAAUUCGACAAAUAACGCCCGGUGACAACCCUCCUGCUAAUUAAUCUUAAAUAAUGACGAGAUCCUAUCUCGUCUAAAAUCUUUAUAUAAUUGGCAGGAAGAAGAUAGUGUACCGAAACUACUAAUAAUAAAUCAUUCAUAUUAAUGUCAACAGUGUUCUUACGGAUCAUUGACAAAAUCCUUUUAAAUCGGAAACGAACGAUAAAAUAUGCUGAAGCUGUAGAGAAGUAUAGGCCAGAAAAAUGGUAAUCUUAUUAAUAGAUUCAUAAAUAGCAUUUAGCCAUAGGAUCUUUCAACGAGAACCAGUGACUGACUUUCUUAGAAGUCUUGCUGGAGCCAAAGAAGUCAGCGCCAACAUACCUUCCGUCGUCAAAGGUUAUAAUGACGUCGGAGAGCAAGUCUGUCCUCGGUGACUUUUUUCUACAAUCGUAAACCGCUCUGAGACUGACCAUGCAAUUGUUUUCAGCCCAUCGACGUAUAACAUUCCUAAGACAAUAGGAAAGUGACCAGGAGUGAAUGCAGGAAAUUUCAUCCGUUGCCUCUGAAAUCGUCAUAACGCCCAUUCAUUGGCCAAAGAUAGACUCCUGUGCACGGUGUUCGGUCAGCUGCAAGGUGAAGCAUGUCAUCUGGAGCUAGAGCAAUGAAUAAGCCGCCAACUUUCGGGGACAUUAGGUGCGGUAGUUGUCUUCGCCGCAUAGCGAUUCCGACUGUUGUUUUUACGCUUUUCGGAAAUAUCAAUGGACUCGACCAAUCGCCAUGUACUCCUUUGGCAAGGACGUACCUUCCAUAUACCAACGGAAUGCGUAUUACGACGAAAACCAUUUUCAAUGGCCUCUCGUACAUGGAAACGGAGUUCGAGGAAUCAAGUGACAACGUGGAUACGGCCAGAGACGCUCCUGAUCGCCGUUUAGUGAAGUUUGACGGGUCAGGCUUCUUAAGAGCACUGACAGGGAGGUCCCUUGUCGUCGAUUUAAAAUUCUCUAGAAGACAACACUGUGACAAAAUCAGCAACUUGACUUGGGUUAUUUCCGCAAUGUAAGAUGUCUUACAAACGAUUCAACUAUGCUUGUCCCACGUUAUUCUGUGCCAUGUUCAGUGACUUACUGAACGACCGCAACGACCAGCGCUAAACUCGUGCUUGUUUACUGCGGGGAAUCGAUUGUACACGAUGGAUUGGCCUGACGCAUUGCCUGUAACAGGCGGACUUCUGCACAUCGAUGUGAACCUCCUGCCUCGUAGUCAGCUUUUUGUCAAGAUCCCGCGACAGUGUUCUGAAAUCGAUAUCCUGUUUGGGUUUGCGCUGCGGUCGUUCUAGAGGUGUGUGCGCCACAGAAGAGCGUCCAACUGCGACCUGGUACAUAAACUUCUUUCAAAUGAAAAUGACCGAAACUGGCUUGACUUACGAGGGAAACAUUAAGCGUAAGUAUUGUUGACAACGCACUGGUGGGGCUACCUCCGUUAGAUUUCUUAGCAGUUCGCAUUCCAGUUUACGGCUUCAGUAUGCAAGAUUUAGGCGGGCACCACAAAGUUGACUUUCCUUGGCGAUGGGUCGAAAUUUCGGGUUGGCUAAAUAGCACCGGCAACUCCCUGUCAUGGUAACGUUUUGUUUACUAAUUGUCAGAGCUGACAAACCUCAUUGCUUAUUUGUUGGUAAUGCUGUCCCAAGGGUAGUUCCCAAGAGGUGCACGGGCGCAUUGUAUUUGCACUGGAUACCGGAAGUCUUUCGUGUCUUGGCGUGGAAACAUAGGCGUUUCCGUUAUCUAUUAUCCUUUACGAUUUGGGCACAAGAUUUUUUUCACUGCGGAUAAUUGAAGGGCUAGGUCUUAUACUCAAUUUCUUCACUUGGGGUGGUUGUUAUCAAUGCUGGUCGUGGUUUAAAACAGCGAGAUGCAUUCUUAUUUUUUAUUUUUCCGGAUUUACAGUCAAGUAGCUAAUGCACUGACACAUUGCAUCUCAUUGCUAUUUUUAAAUGACAUACAGGCGAAUGCCCAUUCUUCAAACAGAUAUGGGACAGCUUUUGUGUCAUAAAUCACUUUACAAUUGCCUCCUAUUAACCCCAACCAGCUGUGUUUAGUUAUUUAAAACCCACUCGGCCUUGUUCCUUCCAAACAUAGACGGAACUGAUAGAUUUUAGGCAAAUCAUUAACUUACAGUACAGAUGGAAGUUGUUUUAUAAAGCCGAAUUCUAUUUUUGGUCGCAUGAACACCUGUCCUCGUUUUGGAAGUUUGUAAAGGCACCGCAAUAGUUUCAAGCAACGAUCACGUUUUCUUCUCUUUAUAACAAAUCUCUUUAGCUCCGCUUGCGAGUCUGCAUUCUAAGCCAGUGUCACGUAUUACAAAGACCAAAUGUUCCCGAUUUAAGGCAAAAACUUAGUUCUACUCACUCGGGUAAGGACUCGGCCUCUUCUCGAGUUGGCCACACAGCACACUACUUAUCUGCGUCUGAAAAACAUUCAUGGAUUUUAUUGGUCGGUGGGGCAAAUCGGGCCUCCUGCUGCUCCAACUACCUUCUCCUCAACCUGCGAACUGGGAGCAUGCUUUCUGCGAUUCCCCUCAGCUCGAACGCGGAUCCUCUGUUUGCGCGCUACGAACACGCAAGCGCAUUGUGUGACGGUGAAGUAAGUCUUGCUGUUUGUACGCUAAAUUAAUUCAUAUUAUUUUCAAAAUUGAAAAAGCAAAAUUUUAAACCUGAUUGUUUAAAAUAUGCCUUCAAAUUUAACCUUUACCUACAGUAGGUGGGCUAACUCAUGAAAUGUCCACCUAAAUUCCGAAAUACGUUUUCGUUUCGAAAAGAUUAAUUAAGUAGGGUUGUAAAACUAAUCAGCCUGCAACAUAAUUCUAGAAUAUUUCAGUCACCUCAGGAUGCCAGCUUUCGAAUUAACUUCCUUUCGGCUGUAUGCAAAAACUGCAGUCUGUUAAAAAGGACUACUUAAGUAGAUGAAUUUUUCUCAUUGAUUUUCGAUGCCCCUAAAAGUCCAAUCAUAUUUCAUGGAAAACCUACACAAAAUAUUCAUUAUUUUGCUCCUUUGGUACAAAAUUACGUCUUCUUCUAAUCUUGUACUCAAAGGAAGGGUAUAAUUCGGUUUUCAAAAACUUUUCCAAUUCCCAAAUAAUUUUGAACCCGCUCUACCGUUACACUUGGAUUCAGGGUUUCCAAACUACAAGCCGUAUAUUUUCCGCGUACGGAAAACCACACAUUUCUCUACGGUAAUAAAGGGGGACCAUAUAGGGUUCAUAAAAUUUAGCAGUGGAUUUGAUCCAUAUUGUUACCUUAACAAGCCACAUUGGUAAAUGCAGAGACAGGACGAUUUAUGAACGGCCAUUUUACGGUAUUUGAAAGUCCCACAAUUAGGAACUUUUUGGAAACCGAGUUAUGUCCCUCCUUCGAGCAUAAAAUUAGAAGAUGUAAUUUCCUGCCGAAUGAGCCAAAGAAGAAUAUUUUUAUGCAUAUUUUCCAUGAAACAUUGAAUUUUUAGGGCCAUCGGAAAUCAAUGGGCAAAAUGCAUGCUACGUAAGUAGUCACCUUUUACGGAGCAUGGUUUUUUCCAUGCAGCUGGAAGGAACUUCAUUCGAAAGCCGGCAUCGUGGGGUAACUGAAUUAUUAUAGAAUUAUGUUGCUUGACGAUUAUUUUUCAAACUCUACUUAGUUAAUCUUUUCGAAACAAAAACGCAUUUCGGAAUUUAGGUGGACAUUCCAUGAGUUAGCCCGCCUACUGUAGAAUAUUACCUCGUUUCGAUCAGACAUCUCGACCAAGGCAAAACGUGCUUACCUAGGCACCCUUCCGUGCGACAUUUUGGAGUUGUUAGUUAGUUAAUUAGCAAAUGUUCAGAGGUCAUAUCAAGGAAAACUCCACUUUGAUGACUAUCGUAAAUUUUAUUUUGCACUGGAGGAUUUAGAGUGGGCAUUACAAGCGAUGGCCGUAACUGGGGUAGUAAGGCCACUAUUGCGAUUGACACUAUCUGCCGAUGGGACCGCGGACAGGGCGUUGGAUGAGUCGAUGGCAUGUCGACAGCAAGACUUGGUAUUUGGAGGCGAACGACUUAUCAGGUGCGUUCCUGGAUUAGGUCAGUGCACAUCGCAGUCAACAUGGCUAUUAACACUGCUGAUAAUGGGGUGCAAAUUCCCAUGAAGCUCGCGAGCGCCUGGUGGCGGCUCUAUCAACAAUUCCUGUGGUAUUCCAAGCAAAGUCCUGACCAGUUUCCAACGAAUGCGUAAAUAUGAGAGACGGCCGGUUUUGUCAUCGGACAACCUGCUAGUGUUUGGUAACAAGAAUCCUAAAGCACUAAACUGUCUAGUUGAAAUUCGCCGGUGAAUUUUUGACUUCUGAGGGGCAUUCCGUUUUGAUAGCGUAGCACUGAAAUGUCCCCCACUGCAGUGUUGGGUUAUGCUGUCUACCCAAGACCCUUUCUUUUUAAGCCCAAGGAGGCGUAUAUUAUUCCAGGUGCAGCGGCUCGCAUGACGCAGAGGUUCUUUUCCACCGGAGCGUAAACCCUGUCCUGUCCAACACAAAUCCUUUAAUUUCCCACGGCUUUUCGAUUUACCGAAGCUUAUUUCGGCCUUAUUUGUCUGAGAGGCCUAUCUUACAAAUCUCUCUCUUUUUUGUACAGUUGGUAUUAUUUGGUGGUGCCAAUCAGAACAGUCCGUUUAGUGACGUCUGGUCAGUCCCCAUCGACGUGUGUCCCCUCUCCAGUGGAAACGCAACUGACCUUACUGUGGCCGGUUUCUUUGCGGCUACUCCGUCUCGAAUUCAGCCGGCGAAUGCAGACUCGGUUUCCGGUCGCACUCAACACACCUCCUCCUGCCUGACUGAAGUUAAUGAACUAAUAGUCUUUGCUGGCGGCGCCCUCGGCAGCACACCUGUUGACGAUGCAAAGGUGUGUUCGCGCUCUGCGUAAUGACCUCUAGUUCAAUGCGUGUUAGUGGAGUUUCUGUUAUCUAAGUGGCAGCAUUUCGCUAAAAAAAUGCCGAACAUGCAGCACUUUACUGAACCAAUCGGAUUGUCCGGCGACGGCCACUAAAAGGGGUGAAAGCUCCCCUUGGCUGUCUAAAGAACUAGGUUCGCAAAGCAAAAUAAAGUAGUCUUCAGUUCCCAUAGUACACUAGGCUGGUUUCUCGCUUGAGCCGCGAGUUGCUUGAGUCAUGGUUCACGGGACCUCAGUCUAUCAACAAGUGCAAUGACAUCCCCACUCCCUAUUCAGUCCUGAGGCAUAGACUGGCCAAAGCAAUUGACCACUCGAGGAGCGCGCAAGCACGUGAGCCAGAUGGCCGAGCAAUCAUCACGCCAGCAUCCAACACGGGUGAUGAGAUGUCAGCAAUUAACAACUUGCAUGCCGGCCAUCAAGCAAUUAGCGCACAUGCGGGCAACAAUCCUUGAUGAAGGCAGCACGGUUAAUUGCUGUAGGUAUGCGGUAGCAUGGCGACCGCAUCCUAUAAAUACUGCGACUGCCUGUACACUAGCCACCCUUUUCUGCAACUGUCUCUGAUGAUGGAUUCAAGAGAGAAUCCGAAACGUCAGGCGAAUAAAGCCAUUGUUCCAGCGAUCGCUUCUUCUUCUUCUGAACAGCUUCAUGUUUUUCAACCGACCUGAGGGAUCGGGACUGGCUUCAUUGAAACAGCUCUCUGCUCAUGACGCGCAGUGUGUCCCAACCAUUGCAGCCAUCUGUCUUAAAUGACAUAAAAUGUUGGCUUUGAUGCUGCAACUAGUCCAUCUUGUCUCCCUUUAGUCCGUUUAAAGUUGUAACAGCCGUUGAACAUUCUCUACACCGCAACCGUACACGAUAAUUUUGGGUCAUGGGUCUAAUGGAAUCAUCACUCAAGUCGUGGUCUGUAAUUAACUCCCCUGAAAGCAUUCAGACCAGCGUUAACUAACAAAGUCCGCCUCGAUGAUUUUAGUGCCCAUCGAAGGCUUGGAUACCUCAUACAACGGUUACUUUUUCACAAUUUCGAGUUCCUUUCGGCAGAACAGUGCAGUGCUGAAUUUCCAUUUUUUGUUUGUUUUCUAGUUUUGUACUUCUUUUCACCACUUAAAAGUCCAUUAGUUUUCGUCAAAUUAGGUCUACAUGUACAUGAUUAAGGAGAAGGAAUGGAUAACAGUGGAGACAGAGGGCUGUGCCCCGUCACCUCGAUUGGGCCACUUGAUGCUCUACCAACCCCCUGAUCCGCGUUCGGAAAAAAAGACUAACGGAAUGCCGGGUGUCUCUUCGUUCUUUGUGCAUGGUGGAAUGUCGGGAGAGGAAUUCUUCGAUGAUUUCUAUCGUCUUGAACUUCACCGGGUAGGUAAUUGGUCAAACAACCGUCAUUCUCUGGUGACCUGCCGUUUCUUAUGUCUACCACGUCUGAUAAUGCAGCACAUUCAGCCUACUCAAUUGUCUCAAGCACAGAGAUGGUUUCAUGCCAAACAAGAAGAAUAACCAUUGCACACUUACCAGUCUCGCAUGCAUGGCCGUUGAACUCCGUAUGUUGGGGAAAUUCAAAAACUGAGGACUGAGGGACGACCCUGAUGUUUUUGAUGGACCGGAGGGAACCGGGGCUGACCUCCCCAUAGUAGAUUUGUGCCCAUGGGACAGGUGGCGGGCGAUGUGCCCACCACCCAUCUUGUUCUAGUUGUGGUGUUGCAGCGAGUUCAUUUUAUUAACUACGUCCGAUGAUGCACCAAAUUUCUGUGUCUUGGGUGAGCCUUAAGAUACUGCCAGUCUCCUGGAAUAUUUUAUAAGUGGAGCAGCGAUUCGUCCCCUGCUCAGUGUUGUUUAUUGUCGGUGUGCAACAGGAAAAAAAUUUAACGCAGCAUAAAGUCCCUAAAGACUUUCACGUUUUGUUUUCACAGUCGCAAACCUUAAGACGGUUAUUCUGAGGAGUGGUUGGGGAGAGCUGUAUAAUCAUGCGCUGCCCUUCAGUCUCUCUAAAUCACUUCAGAGGUGGAUUGGGCGAAGCAGUACCAGUACCAACGUCUGCGGCCCAUUUAAUGUUGGCUAAAAAUUAAACAAACUAGUAACGAUUAUGUUCUAUGCAGACUACUGAAGAUGUGCUCUGGAAUGCUGACCAGAACACCCAAUAAGUAGUUGAAAGGUCGUCGGUUCGAGUCCGUCCCUGUGCCCACAUUUUACUUAGUACUCCCAUGUUAUAGUUAAAGAACAAUGGCUACUUAGUAAACUUACGUAGUGUAUAAAAUGUUCUUAAAAGAAGUCGAUCGGUUAGGUCAAACAUUCGAUACCUUGGCCCCUAUUGCAGCCAAGUAGAUAUGCUAUUAUGCUUUAUACUUGAAACACAUUCCAUACCUGUUCCGCUCAAUUCACUAGUUUGCUGACUUGCUUACUUGAUGCCUCUUUAGGUUACGCAUAACUUAUUAACACGAAGACGACUCUUUCAUUGUUCACGCCUGUUUUUCUCCCACGCUUUUCCACAAUGAGGCCAAGAUUAUGGUGUGAACUACCGACCGUUCCUGAUGAUUGCACCCAGCCCUAACCCUCCCUUUCGACGCGCGGGUAAACGUCUAGUUUGACUUAACAAUCACAAGAAAUUCCCAAUGUUUCGUUUAAUGCCAGAGUUUGCAAACUUCACUAGCCUUAUGAGAGCAGUGUAACUAGUGCCGUUUUGCGUAAAGUUUCACAAGGUAUCAUUUUUAUCCAAUGGGUAGAAUUACAUAUAACUACAUCGGAGGUAGGCGGACAACGACAUGGAAGACUGCAACAACAAUGUGUUCUUACCUUCUCUAGGCAUUCGGCCAGGCAUACUGCGGGUAUUCACGUCAGCUUAUAUUCAUCCAUAAGUAUUGGUUGAUAUCACAACUUUCUGAAGAAGACAGGAGUGAGCCUCAGCCGGCUCCUAUCACGAUUCAUCCGCCGUCACCUGAUUUUCAUGGAAGCAGAAGCGAAUUCCCCUUUCCCGGAGGGAAUUUAUUUCUUAUGUUUCCUGCUUAUAUUAAUAACUGUUUACAGGGCAAAUGCACAUAAACAUGCGUUAUACCACCUACUGUAUGUAGGUGGGGUGCCGUUGAGUUCCAGCAGCCUUUUUCAGCCUCAUGCCAGCUGCUGAGACACGUCUCAUUCUGUUUCAUCCUAAUUUUGUUUCUCUUCAACAAAGUACCUCACUACGAGCCUCUUUCUAACAGCCUGACGCCGCUCUUGGUGGCCAGGUCAGGGGGACCUGGCACGCGGUUCGAACGACUGGAGGCGACGCCGGAAGUCCCCUUCAACCGCCUCCACCCAGAGCCGCCCACGGAGGUGGUGUGAUCGUAUCACCGCUUUUCCGUCCACAGGUCCAUUGCCGUCUCAUGUGUCGCGUCUUUGUCUUCGGCGGUCUCAACUCAAGUGGCCCUCUCAACGAUUUUUACUAUUUCGAUGAGGGUCUGUUUGGACUUUUUUUACUCCCCUUCCCCUCAUCCUCCCCCCCCCUCCUCCCCCACUGCCUCAACGUCUACCACUGUGGCGUCUACCAUGCCCAUAAACACUACAUACAAUCCUGACACACCAACAAGCACCAACACUACCGUCAACGCUAACGCAGUGACCUACUUAUUUCUUCCGGAAGGGUACUUAAACCUUUUUGUGUCAUGCCAGUUCUCACCAUACAGUGCCUGCUGCAAGGAUCGCCGGUUGCGUUUUGAUUUAUUUUGUCUCGAUUGGGACACAAACGCUCCACUUCCUCGAUGUCUCUAAACGGUUUCUGUUGUCGGACGUGUACGCCUGACUUAUUUAUUUCCUUAAGGAUACUUAUGCAUAGCCCCUCUCAUAAACAAUAAUAAGACGAUUAAAGUUAGUUGUGAGGUGGGGUUGCACAACCUACAGUGCGUGACCGAUCUCAUGAAAUGUUGGCCGAAAUUCUGAAAUUCGUUUUCGAUUAAGAAGGAUUACUUAGUUUGGGUUUUAAUAUCGAUCAGCAUGCGGCAUAAUCCUAUAGCAUUUCGGACUCAUCAGGAUGCCGGCUUUUGGAUACACUCCCUCUUGACCUCCUGCAGAAACCGUACUCGGUGAAAAACGACUACUUAAGUAGCAUGAAUUUUUCCCAUUGAUUUUCGGUGGUCUUAUAAAUUUGAAUAUAUUUUACAGAAAAAGUACAUAAAAAUAAGCUUUCCAUUACUCAUUUGGUAGAAAAUAACAUUGUCUUUGCAUUUUAUGCACGAAGGAAGUGUAUAUAUAGAUUUUAAGAAAGCUUCCUAAUUUCCGAAUAUUUUUGAGCCUGAUCUGCCAUUGCAUCAGUGUUCAGCGAUUUCAGUCAACAAGGUGCAUGCUUUCCGCGUAAGGAAAAUCCUAUAUUCCUCUAUGCCUUUAAGAAGAUACCACAUAGAGUUCAUAAAAUUUCACAAUGGAUCCGAACUGUGUUGUACAUUUCAUAAUGGGGCAGUGGUAGACGGACAUGUGCGGUCCUGUACGCAUGGACAUUGCAUACUCUUAAAAAUCUCAUAAUUAGGAACUUUUUUGAAACCUAAAUAUACCCUUUCUUCGUGCAUAAAAUGCAAAGAAAAUGUUAUUUUCUACCAAAUGAGUAAAGGAAAGCUUAUUUUUAUGCACGUUUUCUGUAAAAUAUAUUUGAAUUUAUAAGACCACCGAAAAUCCAUAGGGAAAAUUCAUGUGUGGUAUUUUCUUAAAGACAUAGAGAAAUAUAUGAUUUUCUUACGCGCAAAGCGUUAACCUUGUAGACUGAAAUUACUAAACGCUGACGUACUGGCAGACCAGGCUAAAAAUUAUUCGGGUAUUGGGAAACUUUUAUAAAAACCUAACUAUACUUUUUCGGGCAUAUAAUAGGAGGACAAUCUGAUUUCCUACCAAAUGAGCAAAAGAAAGCAUAUUUUUGGACAUUUUUCUGAAAUAAAUAUUUGCACUUUUAAGACCACCGAAAAUCAAUGGGAAAAAUGCAUGCUACUUAAGUAAUCAUUUUUUACCCAGUGUGGUGUCUGCAGGAGGUAGGAAAGAGCGUAUUCAAAAGCCGACAUCCUGGCGAGCCCGAAAUGCUAUAGGAUUAUGCCGCAUGCUAAUCAAUAUUACAACCCCACCUAAGUAAUCCUUCUUAAUCGAAAACGAAUUUCAGAAUUUCGGCCAACAUUUCAUGAGAUCGGUCACUCACUGUACCUUUGUCCUCCCUUCUAGUCGAAAAUGCAUUUCGGAAUUUCGACUAACAUUUCAUGAGGUCGGUCACAGACCGUACAUGGAGCGACUUCCAACUGCAAAGGGCGCCAUUCACGUAAAAUCAGUGACUAAGCCUCGGCGAUAUUGCCCCGCCGCUUAGCAUUUUGCAGUCAAUGGCGCUCACAGCUCAAAAAACAAUGACCCGGUGGUUACGACAUCUGUUUGGAAAAUGGAAACGCCCGUAUUCCAGUCUCGGUGAUUGUUUUAAUUUACCCAUACUUUUGGUUGUUUGUCGUGUGUCUAUUCAAAGUUUUAAAUUUCGCAGUGUCUAACGUUAAUACGCAACUGCUGCUUCAUUCACAGCGCUUAACCUAAAAGCUUCAAUUCCGCCCCACAUUUCCUUACGCCUCUGCGCAGACGAUGAUUUUUUUUAAAGAUCUCAAGUUUUUUAUUCAUUCCUUUUCUGUCUCCUAGUGGCCUGUCAGUGGGUCAGAGUGAGUGGAAUGACGUCUUCGACCAGGGCCCUCCCAUCUCCACGGCUGGACUUUGCUUUCACGACCCUCCGGAUGCAGGUGAGGGAUCCGACUAGGAAGAGAGCCUGUGUGACGGCCACCUUCUCCGAGUUCGAGGCCGACUGGGAGACCUCGCCGGCGGAUGGAGGUACGAUAGCCAAAUUGUCCUGCCAGCCGGGACAGUCCCUACUUGGCUUUGAGACUUUUUGGACAAGGAACAUGUAGACGCCUCGGAUGGAAAUUAGUUUUGGCUUCUGCUGAAACGAAGUUGCACUGUCCUCUUUUCGCGAAUAGGUGCAGUGAACGCAUUGUAGCCCGUCCCUUCACGGCUUUGGGACGAGGAAGCGGUUCUGAUCAUUUGGGAGGGAAUGCGCUAUGUGGUUGUAAAAGUCUCAUACAGGCUUUGCUAUAAUCCACCAGUACUAUCGACCACAUUUUUGGAAGAGGAAAGGCUUGCCAGAAUAGGUCUAUUAAAUAACUGGCGUUUCGGAGACCUUGGUCUGCUCACCGCUGUCAAGGCACGACAUCGAAUAGAAAUGCGACUGGCGUGCCAGGCUAUUCGGCCUUGGGGUGAUCGAUUUUUUUCUCCUUUCGCUGUCUCCGCCAUUUGGCGGGCUUGACAGCUGCGUGGGUUAUGAGUCACUACUUCAAAGGAGCCUGGUUGAGCCUCUGCGGGUUCGUUCGGCCUACUGGCCCUUUUUCUCCCUCGUUAGGCCAUGUCUGCACGGUUUCCUUAAGCUUUUUUGUGGCCGUCUUGUCCUGCUCUUUGUGUACGUAGCAAUGUGGAGUUUAUGAAUUGAAGGAGUGUCAAGAGGCAUGUUAAUGAAGUUGGUAUCUGAAUACCACGCCCAAGUGUUAUUCUAUCCCUGAGUAGCUCCGGCCUUCUAUGGUCGCUGCUUGGAGGUCAAAAUAUAGCCAGUAUCGUAGAGUGCGUUGCAGGUCGAGAGUUCGAGUCUAGCCUCUGAGUUGCCAAAUUGUUCUCGUGUAGGCGGGUCUGCGAUUUUCGUCUGGUUUUUCCAACGUAGUUACAAUCUCCACUAUUGCAACUUAUUCUGUUGACAGCGGCCGAAGUUUCGAUAAGUGGCAGCGUGUCUCUAGGUUGCACUGAACAGCCACAAAUUGUUGCCUGGGGUCAGUGAACUGUGCCUACUCUGGCGGGUUAUAACAUCCGAGAAACCGCGUCGGAGACUCCUUUUACGUAGGGAAUGGCCCUACGGACUAUGGGUUUUUGCUUCUUUGAUCGUUAUCUGUUCGGUCGGUCUGUUAUAGCGAGCCCUGGCUCUUUCUCGAAUUAUCUUUUCAGACCUCUUAACUUUAUCAGUCUGACUUAUUACACUAUUUUCUCUUUUAACGGAGGGGAUUUAGGUGGCCAAGUUGAUAGCUUCUGAUGUGUGAUCCUUUGUAUUUCCGCUUCUGGUCCCUGAAUUUGAAUGUUGCCGUCCCUUAAGGCCUUGCGAGAGCACCAUUAAAUCAUUAAAUCUUUCUCCUAGUUGAUCUGCAGUGAACGGUUCUGAGUUGGGUCCCGUAUUUCAAAAUUUGUAUUAUGUUAGGGUUUUUAAUUUUCUUAGAAAGAGGUUUGUGCACUUCGGGCAAAGCUUUCCCAGCCUCGUUUUAGGCUUGUUCUAUCAGCUCAAGAAUAGUAGCGCAAUAUUAAUUGUUUACUUACGGACGGCCAGUAGGACAUAAGUGUACAUGGAAACUUAUUCACCAUACUGAGCACAGCAGCUGAAAGUUUAGAUACUUUUUUCACUAAAUUUGUGACGUUACAUAAUAGAAGUAGGAAGAGUUCUGCUCGCCAGUGGCCCCCUUGGCCUGUCUUUACUGGUCCAUAGGUGCUCCGGUUUUUCAUUUGGAACAUUGCGCAGUUAUUCCACUGAAACUAGUAAAAGUCGCCCGAAAUAUUUAUAUCGACUUUCGAAACGAACCUGUAAAAUCUCGGUUUGCCGACCUUUAUCCAAGUUCGCACGCUAUUUUCUGAACAAGUUCAGUGGCUUGCCAUUGCACACCUGGAUACCACAUGCCCGAAAACAUACAAGGGACGGGGGAGGGUCCACUGAUGAGCUGAACCCUCAUUCUUUAUCUGCCUCCUCCUCCUCCUCCUCCUCCUCCUCCUCCUCCUCCUCAUCAUCAUCAUCAUCAUCAUCAUCAUCAUCUUCUUCUUCUUCUUCUUCUUCCUCCCAUCACUACAUUCUUUUCAUGCCGCAUGUGGUUUUCACCCCUUCCUUUACCCAAAUUCUGCGCGAUAUCAUUUGACCUUUCAGACCAGAAUGAGGCCGUGCCCAUGGUAUGGCGGAAUUUCCUCUUCAUCCACGGCGGCAUGAAUGCAGGCCAGAACAUCUUCGGAGAUGCCUACAUUUGUUGUCUGGAUGAACAGCAAACGGAGGAGGCGGAGAAGUUAGCUGAGGAGAAUGGUGAUAGGAAAAGUUGA